AUGGAACAAUUACAACUCCAAGUAGAGUCUCGAUUGUUCGAACAAGAUGAGAAGGGUUUGGCUGAAAUGAUAGGACUAUUGGGAAUCGACGAUGACCUUGCGGGUAAAAGUAAGAUGCAGAGAAUCAAAAUUAUUACGAAAACCAUCGACAGCAAAAUGGCGGGCGAUGAAAAGGAAGCACGAGCGUGCCUCGAACAGCUACUUGCUUUUGUCACCGGCAAUGUACCGCCCCUCGAAGAGGUAGAGCAAAAACCAGCAGCUUCAGGAGUAAAAACGGAGAAACAAUCUUCUGACGGAGGACCUAAACAAGAAAAGGGAGUGGAAGAUAUAUUGAGUCAGUUAGCGAAAACAAAGUCGAGUUCAUCUUUGCUACGGCGCGAAUUUAAGAUUUCUGGUCAGAUCGGCAAACCAGGGCAAACAGAGAAACUAACUUUUGUUUCCUUAAUGCAUCAAAUAGACUCAGGGCUAAAACGUGAUUACCAAGAAAAUGAAAUUGUGGAUGCAGUGAUACGUGCCAUAUCUCCACACAGUAGUCUUCGGAGCUAUGUUGAGACUCUAAGUGACCUCUCACUAGCUAAGCUACGAAGGAUCCUUCGUGUCCAUUAUAGAGAGAAAACAGCCUCAGAGGUGUAUCAGCAAUUGGCCACCGUGUGCCAACACAGUAGUGGUGAAUCCCCACAACAGUUCCUUCUCCGUGCGCUGGACUUGCGUAACAAGGUGAAUUUUGCAAGUAAGGAGUCAGAUUGCGAGUUCAAUUACGGUGCCUCCCUGAUUCAGAAAACCUUUGUAAAAUCAUUUGAAACCGGUCUUCGUGAUGACAAUCCUUGCAUCUAA